GCGGAGCAGACCAGAACACAGCGCAGCAGAUUCAUAUCAAGAAGAGGGCAACCUUCUCAUUCUCCAGAAAUCUGAGAUAAGUAGGAACUGUACAAGAUGGAUACGGGAGGCAAUUCCCUCCCAUCUGGACCUGAUGGGUUGAAGAGAAAGGUCUGCUAUUUCUAUGACCCAGAGGUGGGAAAUUACUAUUAUGGGCAAGGUCACCCCAUGAAGCCUCACCGCAUCAGGAUGACCCAUGCGCUUCUUGCCCACUACGGGCUGCUUCAGCAUAUGCAGGUCCUCAAACCCUUUCCUGCCCGGGAUAGGGAUCUUUGUCGCUUUCAUGCUGAUGAUUAUGUGUCCUUCCUCCGCAAUAUAACCCCUGAGACGCAGCAGGAUCAGCUCAGGCAGCUCAAGCGGUUUAAUGUCGGUGAAGAUUGUCCUGUCUUUGAUGGUCUUUACUCUUUCUGUCAGACAUAUGCUGGUGGCUCUGUCGGUGGUGCAGUCAAAUUAAAUCAUGGACAAAGUGACAUUGCUAUUAAUUGGGCUGGUGGCCUGCAUCAUGCGAAGAAGUGUGAGGCAUCUGGAUUUUGCUAUGUCAACGAUAUCGUCCUUGCAAUCUUGGAACUUCUUAAGCAGCAUGAGCGAGUCCUAUAUGUUGAUAUUGAUAUCCACCAUGGGGAUGGUGUGGAAGAGGCAUUUUACACUACUGAUAGGGUCAUGACUGUGUCAUUCCACAAAUUUGGAGAUUAUUUUCCGGGUACUGGUGAUAUACGUGAUACUGGAUAUGGGAAAGGGAAAUUCUACUCCCUUAAUGUUCCAUUGGAUGAUGGGAUUGAUGAUGAGAGUUACCAUUACUUGUUUAAACCAAUUAUGGGAAAAGUUAUGGAAAUUUUUAAGCCUGGAGCAGUGGUCCUUCAAUGUGGUGCCGACUCACUUUCUGGAGAUAGGUUGGGAUGCUUCAAUCUUUCAAUCAAGGGUCAUGCGGAGUGUGUCAAAUUCAUGAGAUCAUUCAAUGUUCCACUAUUGCUGCUGGGUGGUGGUGGUUAUACAAUUCGGAAUGUUGCUCGCUGUUGGUGCUAUGAGACAGGAGUUGCCCUUGGAGUGGAAGUUGAUGAUAAGAUGCCUCAACAUGAGUAUUAUGAGUAUUUUGGUCCAGACUACACCCUGCAUGUUGCCCCUAGUAACAUGGAAAAUAAGAACUCACGCCAAUUACUUGAAGAAAUUCGCAAUAAGCUUCUUGAGUACCUAUCAAAACUUCAGCAUGCACCCAGUGUUGAAUUUCAUGAACGGCCACCUGAUACUGAGGUUCCUGAGGCUGAUGAAGAUCAAGAUGAUGGAGAUGAGAGAUGGGAUCCAGAUUCAGACAUGGAUGUUGACGAGGAGCGGGAGCGUAUUCCAAGCAGAGUAAAGAGAGAAGUGGUUGAACCUGAGACAAAAGAUCUGGAGGGUCAGAAAGCAGCUGCUGAGCAUGCUAGAGGCUUUGAGCCUGCAACAGAUGAAGCUGCAAACACAAAGGUUUCAGAUGUCAGCCCUAUGGUGGUUGAUGAACCAAGCAUCAAAGUCGAACAAGAAAACUUGAAUAAGGCAUCUGAUCAGAUCUACCCGAAGUCCUAAGGAAAAGUCUCUAACAAAGAUACCAGCUGGAUCUUUGAAUUGUGAAAUGGAAAACCAAAUUGCACCAUCAUUUUGUUUAAGUUUUACAGGUUUCUGUGCAUUUAGCCUAAAUAUAUAAAGUCAUGAAAACCUGAACUGUUUUGGUUGGAUGCUAUGAUCAGUAUAUUCUUUGUUGCGUAAUGUUUAAGUCGACAUUUUGAAAAUUGUGAAGUUAGAACUAAUUUA